CAUCACAAUGAUGGGGAGACGAUGCUCAGACGCUGUGUUUGUACAAAGCUUUUUACUUCACACCUCUUGUUUCCUCAUUCACUAACACUCGACAAUGAGGAAGUGUGAAGGGAAGGGAGCGUGUCACACAUACGAGAGACACACAGAGAGAGAGACUGCUCUGGAUCAGCAGUGAGACAGCGGCACAAGGUAUUCACAGAGCAGCGCCUGAAGGGGGCGCAACAUCAGAACCUACAUCUUACAUUCGAAUACAGACUGUGGAACCUGGACUGAGCAAAGGUGCCCCCUAAGCUUGGGGUCUGGCUGCACUCACAGCAGUGACGCACAAGGUCUCGGGUCAGAGAUGAAGUGAACAUUAAAUGACUGAAGAUGUCGGAGGGGCCCUGCCUUAUAUCGGAGUGGCUCCACACUCUCAAACUGGAGCAGUACCUGGAGCUCUUUGAGGAACAUGGUUUGUACACAGUCACCGACUUAAGGGCCCUCAGUGAUGAGGAACUGACCAAAAUAGGGGUCAUGUUGCCCGGACAUCGGAAGCGGAUUCUUGGAUUCCUCCAGAAAUCUAUGUCUUUGGAAUAUCCGACAGAGGAGGUGGCGUGUAGGCCUGUGCCCAUGAAGAGGAACGUGUUUAAAGGUGGUACCACCAGCAGUGACCAGGCAGUGCCCCCCUCUAUGCCCAAUAACUGCCAGUCUCUACAGAAUUCAGGCCAAGGAGGACAGGUUCGGGUGCCGCCACCCAUCCCCCCAAGAAAGGGAUGUGCUCCUCCCUUCAAAUUUUCCUUCACUCUUCCCAGUAGCACCUCCCCACUCCAGGACUCCCCACCAGUAGAAAAAUCUGUCUUUCCCCCUGCUGUCAGUCUUCAGAGCACUGAAUCCAAAUCUCAUCCAGUGGCAAAUGAGGAAAAACAGAGUGAGGGGAGUGGCCAUUUGGUAGCUCCACCCCUACCCGCCAAACGUCAUAAGGUAGAGAACAAGAGUCCAAGCAAGAGCCCUCCACCUCUACCAGUGCGCCCUCCUGUGGUGCCUGCAAGGACUCACACUGUUCCCUUGUCCAGCAGUCCUCCUGCUGAAGUUGAAGCAAAAUCUACUGAAGAAAUUCCAGACAUCUAUCCUAUUAUUGCCCCUAAACCCUUUCCAAAAGUUCCACCUAGAGAUAUUCCACUGAAACAGGUUGCACCCAGAAAGGUUCCACAAUCACCCAGAGAGGUCAUACUACCGAUCUUGGAGGUCAUACCACCACCCAUAGAAGACAUACCAUCAGAAAGAGAGAUAUUGCCAAGAGAUAACCCAUCAGCACCCACAGAGGUCAUAUUGCCACCCAGAGAAGUUGUCCUACCAACCAGAGAUGUUGAACUACUAUGCAGAGAUGUAAUUCCACCAUCCAGAGAGGUUGUACCACAACCAAGGGAGAUCACACCGGCACCAAGAGAGGUUGUACCACCACCAAGAGACUUUGUGCUACCACGCAGAGAGGUCACACAGGCACCCAGGCUACCACCUAGAGAGGUGAUUCCCACUCAGCCGAAACUAGAGCCCGUGGAGAGAGAUUUUGGAAAGCUGUAUGAAAUGACAGGGGAGAUUGAUGGUGUUAUCCUCACCGGGUUCAAUAGUCUAAAGUUCAGCAACUUGGCGAGUGAUGAUGAGCAAAUUGAUGAUGCGUCAGACUACGAGGAUGUCCCGUCCAUUAUUCGGAGUGACAGUGACCUCAGAGCUUUCCAGUCCAGCAGUUCCCUCUCCUCGGGGUUCUCCAGCACUCACAGCUACAGUGGGAGCAUGGAGGAUGCAGACUCCACUCAGCAGUCGGUGGUUAUUAAAACUGGGUGGUUGGACAAGAACCCACCCCAAGGGUCGUACAUUUUCCAGAAGAGAUGGGUGAAGCUGGACCUGGACUAUCUCCGAUACUAUGAGAGUGACAAGGACAUGUACUCUAAUGGCUUCGUCAAAACCAAUUUCAUAUCUGAAGUCACUCCCUGUGGGGAUCAAAAAUUUGAAGUCAGAACCUCUAACCGAGACUUUGUCUUCAGGGCUGAGAGUGAUGCGGAACGAAAUGAGUGGGUGAAAGCCUUCAAGCAGGUGGUGGAAGAGAAGCGGAACCGAUUAUCUACUUACCAGACAGUGUCCGUGGGCUCCACAGGUGCAGACAAGAGUGGCCUCCUGGAGCUGAGAGGAUUUAGGAACAAGGUGUAUGUGGAAGUGGUGAUGGAUAAGGUGUUCCUGUACAAGAGCGCAGAGGAUCAAGCAUCCGGGGUCGGAUUAAAAUUCAUUGAUAUGAACCUCGGCAGUGUGAAAGAUUCCGAUAGGAGGAGCUUUGACCUGACAACUCCGUACAAGACUUUCAGUUUCUCGGCAGACAGUGAGUCGGAGAAGGUUGAGUGGGUGGAAGCCAUGUUGCAGUCCAUCGGAGAAGCUCUUUCCAACCUUGAAGUUGCCAAGAAGAUCUGGUCGGUAGAAGGGAACCGGCGCUGCGCCGACUGUAAUGCGCCCAAUCCCGACUGGGCCUCCAUCAACCUGUGUGUAGUAAUGUGCAAGCGAUGCGCAGGGGAGCACCGAAGCCUCGGGCCAAACAUCAGCAAAGUGCGGAGUCUCAAAAUGGACAAUAAAGUCUGGACACAGGAGCUGAUCGAGCUGUUCCAGAAAGUGGGAAAUACUGUCAGCAACAGGUUCUGGGCGGCCAAUGUGCCCCCCAGUGAAGCCAUUGGUGUGACCAGCAGCAUGCAGGAGAGGAAAAAGUUCAUCUUGGCCAAAUAUCGGGAGGGGAAGUACCGGCAGUACCACCAGCUCUUUGGAAACCAGACUGAGCUUGACAAGGCGCUGUGUACUGCAGUGACCACUAGUGAUCUGGCUGAGACGCAGGCAUUAUUGUUCUGUGGGGCAGAUGUGAAUUGCAGUACGGACGACCCCUCUUAUCCGACCUCCAUCACAUUGGCGGAGCAGGCGGGACAAAGGCUGCAAAUGGAAUUCCUGAUGCAAAACCGGACGUCAGAAAUUCCUCGCCUGGAGCUGGGGACCAACAUAGAGAAGGAAUAUUAUGUUGUGCGCCCCAAUAUCACCCACAAUGGCUUCCUGUAUAAAACCUCAUCAAUGACUCGUCUGGUCACUGAGAGAAAGUCCAAGGAAGAGUUCAGCCGGCGCUGGUCUGUACUCAAUGACGGAGUAUUAAGUUACUAUGAGAACAACCUCAGCUCCACGCCCAACGGCGAGAUUAAAAUGGGGGAGAUUGUGUGCGUUGCUGUGAACCCUCCAGACACUCAUGGGUUUGAAAGCACUUUCGAAAUUUACACGCAGUCGGAGCGUCUCUAUCUGUUUGCGGCAGAAACCCCCGAGGAAGCCAGAGAGUGGGUGAAAUCCAUCACUAAGUGUUUCCUUCCCCUUAGAGCCGAGGAGCUUCUCAGUUAUGACUUUGACCGGAUUGGGCGGCUGCAGUACAAGGGGGGGCUGAGCCUGGAGCGCACCACCAUCGGCUGGUUCUCCCUCUAUAAGACCAAACUGCACAUGUAUCUGGAGGACGGGGAUACGGUGGACGUCAUUCCCCUGAAGAAGCUCUCGGAACUCUCGAACAAGGAUAAGGAUGUUCUGGUACUGGUGGCCAAGGGCAGGAUAACGUACAUUCUGGCAGCAAGAAAGUUGGAUUUUUCCGGCUGGGUGAACGCGAUCCAGAAGGCGAGCAGCUCCACAGGGGAUACGUUAUCAGAGCAGCAACUGACAGGUUCUGACGUUCCUGUCCUGGUGCACAAGUGCAUCGAAUACAUUUCCCAGUUUGGUAUGGCCUCUGAAGGAAUAUACAGGAAGAGUGGGCAGAACUCUAAGACCACAAGUCUCCUGGAAGCCCUGAAGAAGGACGCACGGAGAGUGGUGCUCAAGGAAGAUGAACACCAGGUGGACAAUAUCUCCGACACCCUGAAGAGAUUCUUUCGGGGACUGGAGGAAGGAAUCUUUGGGGAACACAGUCACCAUUGGUUAAAUGUACCAGAAAUAGACGACGAGCUCAUGAGGUUUGGAAGGUACCAGGAACUUCUGCAGAACCUGCCUCAAGUCAACAGGGCUACUCUCAAAGCACUAAUUACUCACUUAUACUGCAUUCAGCACUUUUCGGAUGAGAAUCAAAUGAACGUCCAUAACUUGGCCAUUGUGUUUGGCCCCACGCUCUUCCAGACGGACGGACAAAACUUCAAGCCCGGGCGUGUGGUCGAGGACCUCGUCACUUACUUCCGACCAAUUUUUGGGGUGAGUGAACAGGAGUUGCAGAAGCAGCUGAGUGUAAUAAAGGCCAUUAUCAAACUGAGAGAGAAGAGGAACCCCAUACCCCAGAGUCCGGCUUUUAUCUGCACCGUUUAUCUGGAAGAGAAGGGUAACAAAUCAGAACACAGCGUGCAGAUUCCCGCCAACAUGUCGGCAGAAGAGCUGACAAAGACGGUUCUUGGGAUGAGGGGCAUCCACAGCGAGACAACGGAGUACUGGGGGUGCUCUGAGGUGGACGAGAUGGAGGAGACAGAGCGGCCCCUGCACUUCUCUGAGAAAGUUCUGCACAUCUUCCACUCUGACCGGUCCAACUGCAAUCUAGUUGUAAAGAAGCACGGACACAUGGCCGCCAUGCUCAAGUAUAUCAACAGCCGAGACGGAGAUUCUAAGAAUGGACCGAUAAAGUUCCGAAUGCCUACUGGCCUACUAGCCUUCAAUACUGCCUUCCACGAGCACUACUUCAUGCUGAAUAACACCAUGCUGCGCAUGUACAAGGAAAUACGGCAGAGCGCCAAGCGGGUGAGUCUGUCUGCGGAGAGCGGGAGUGAGAGUCAGCGGCCGGAGAAGGAGUGGCCAGUGAAAAACCUCACUAUUUAUUUGGGCAUCAAGAAGAGAAUUCGGCCGCCCACCAGCUGGGGGUUUACUGUUGUCUAUAAGAAUGACAGACAGGAGAAGACACAAUGGUACCUGGCCUUUGAUUCUGUGAAAAUCAUGAGGGAGUGGUUUGCUGCAUUCACUUUUGUUCAGCACGGUAAUCUGUGGCCAGAGGAGGGCGCUAUUGUGCAGGCCCCCAGGACAAAUAUAGAGACCAGACUGGGGAACAUGUCGCUCAUCCCUAUACGAGGCAACGAGAAUGAAAUAAGGAGGAGCCUGUCACAAAUAACUGUAGAUCCAGUCACUCUUCUCGGCAAUGUAUGAGACCAGUGGGACGAGUUAUAGUCCCUCUGUACAAAGGAAUGAGUCUCAUAUGAGGACUAGUGUCAGAAGGAACACGGGAGGAUUCAGUGGAGUCACUGGACACUAUGUAACUAUAAGAACUCGUGUUGAUCUCGGCAUUAGAACCUGGACCUGUGUUACGAAUCUACAGAAUCGAGUAUUUGAAUCCAGUUUGCACAAAUAAGCCCCGCCCACUGUUGGCUGUGUAUAUAUAUAUAUAUAUAUAUAUAUAUAUAUAUAUAUAACGGAUCUUUUGUAAAUAAGUGAUAAGAUUUGUUCCUUUGCCUGAGUAACUGGCCAACCUCUGUCUUGGGCUAAUGUGGGAUUGGGAAGCUGAUAUUAAAGGACAGGUGACAUUUCUACUUGAAAUUUACUUUCAUCCAACUGGAGGUUCUGCUUAGAAUUGAAAUGGCCCAGACGCAAGGACCAACCCAAUGUGAUUCUCACGGGCACCAAGCUGGGGGCACAGGGAAGAACCUGGAAUUUCUUUUUGCUCUCGGAUUAGAAUGUUCCGCGGGGGCGUGGCCUGGUCUGCGGGGGCAGUGCCUUAUUUUAAGAGCAUCAUGCUUUGUCAAUGGGAGAAUUUUAGGCAAUUGUCGCUUUCAGGGCGGAGCCACAUUUGCCGCAACUGCUCAGGACAUUUAUUGUACAAAGAUGAUCUGCAGAACUACUUUAUCUUGUAAAUGACCCCCUUUUUUGCCUCCCCCCUUUCUCAUGUUUGUAAGAAACUUUAUUAGUCUUUUUAAUAAUUUUAAACGGUUUUGUUUUGGUGCUUAAACUGCGCCCCUUGAAGUGCCGACAACGCAGCAAGUAAAGGAUUUUGCUGUGGCUCCGAAUGUUAUAAAAUAUUGAUAAUUUUACAGGUUUAUUCACAAUCUUCCCGUCAUGUUAUUAACCCUAAUCUGUAGCGCUGAUGCCUGGGGGGAGGGGCUAACAUAACUAAAGAGGAAGGUUGCCUUUAAAUGAACUUUUAAUGUGAUGAGCACCUCUGUGAUUGGCUUUCAGUUUUAUUUUAUCAUUCUACCUCUUUGCAAAGUGAAGCUUAAAAUCCAACAUGGUUGCUAGGGCGGGUUUGCCUAGCAACCAUAUAUGUGUAUACAUUCCAGAACAAAAACUUGUAUCACGAGACAAUAAACUGUGGCCACGGGAAGUGUAGUUGCAAAUUAUUUAUCUAUGUUGUUUGCAUCAUCCUAAAAAUGAAUAGUAAAAUUAGUGUUUUUAACUAAACAAUUAAAUAAAUCCUUUGGACUGCACUAAUCCAGUUACCCACGGCAACCCAUCUGAACCGAUUGCUGAUUGGUUGUUAUGGGCAACUGCAGUGGCACACUUUUGCUCCGUGUUAGUAAAUGUAAGGGUUUGUCAUUUGGGACAGAAUUAUUUAACAUUGUACAGGUAUGGGAUAGGUUUUCCGGAUAGGGGGUCUUUCUGUAAUUUUGAUCUCCAUGCUAAAAAUCAUUUAUUACAUAAAAUAAAACCUAAUAAGAGUGUUUUGCCUCCAAUAAGAAUUAAUUAUACCUUAGGAACAAGUACAAGACACUGUCUUAGUAUUAUAGAGAAAAAGCAAAUCAUUUGUUAAAAAAUGUGAACUAUUUCAUUAUAAUGGAGUUUAUGGGAGAUGGUCUUUCUGUAAUUCAGAGCUUUCUACAUAGCAGGUUUCCGGAUAACAGAUCCUAUCCCUGUACUACCCACAGGCAAAGGCUUUGAGUUAUAGUUCAGCUGGAGGGUCACAGAUUUUACACCCCAUGAUGAUGUAAUAACACCCCUCAGAUUGGGGUCUCUUCUUCUCUAAACCUGAUCCUGCCCCCCAGAGUUGGGAACUGUUAUUUUCUUACUAAAUACUUAUUUUGUACAGAUUUGCCCAGUUGUGAUGUAAAUAAUAAAAAUCAGUUGCACUUAA